UGUUCCGAUUAAAAUCUAACAUUUCUAAGAAAUUGUGUUUUUAAGGACGACGAAUUUGUAGUAAAUUCUGCAGGUUGCCCUUGUAAAAAGGGGUUUAAAGGAAUGAAUAAGAAUUACAGCAAAGAUUGUUUGGGGCUUUGUUUAAGGAUAUCCGCACUUCAUCAAACGUGGAAGUGGUUGCAUCAAACAAUCGCUUUACAUGAAUAUUUAAUAUCGGUUACUGCAGCAAGCUCGGCAGGCCAUUACUGUGAUAAGAAUUUGAUGCAUUUCAAGGUCGCCAAAGAAAAUCAGAUUCAAUAUACUCUCAAAUUCUAAACAAACAUUUUUAUAAAUAUUCUUUGAUUAAAGCAUGUGUUACACGCUACUUUAAAAAGUUGAAACGAAUACAAUUGUUGAUUAAUAGUCAAGGAAUAGUUAAUAAUAACGUUUUUCAAAACAUUGUGUUAUCACUAUGAAUACCAUAAUUACCAAAGGUUACACAAGAGGCAUUCAUAAAUGCUUACUUUCUGUUUUUGAAGACGCAAAUAUUAAAUUAUCAAAAUAUUUGUUUUAUACUAACUGUAUGAAACAAAACAAGAAGACACCAAGUAAUUAUGGAUUACCGCCAUCUUCGUUUGUAACAAAAUCAAAUAAUAA